AAGGCAGCUGAUAACCUCCUAGGACAAGGUUGCGGUAUACUUAACAGGGGCAGUGUAGAGACGAUGGCGCUAUCCUUUGUUUCGAACGAACAAGUCCGUGGAGUGUCCUAUUGUCAAUUUAAGUUUACAGCACUUAAAACAGGCGCCAAAAGAAAGUAUACAGUCGGUGCAAGUGCAUCCAAUUAAUGGAAUAAAUCGGUCAUUGGCUCUUAUCCACUGACUGGCCUAUUCUCUGAUCGUCAACUACACCAUUUCACUGUGGCAAUUAUGGAACACCCAUUUGAACCCUCACCUAGAGGAAAAGACAACUUCUGCCUGGAUCACAAACCAUGGGACAUAAUUGUCAAAUAUCCGACCACUUCAAAUGCCAAUGAAAUCUCUUGGUGGCAGGACGUCGGCCCCCUUUUCGGCCGUCUCCUGCAAACGGCAGGUUAUUCCAUCGCCCAGCAAUACCAGUAUCUGCUCUUUGCGCGGACCCACAUUAUCCCCUCGUUGGGACCGUAUCCGCAACGCUGGCCGAGCGUGAUGACCUACACCGACCUGCCGAUUGAGAUGAGUGUCAAUUUUCAGGACAGCGGCCCGUCAACCGUCCGUGUUGGGAUUGAGCCGAUCUGCGGACUGGCGGGAACACCUGGCGACCGGUUCGAUCAGGUGGCGACGGAGCAAUUAGUCGCCCGGCUCUCUGCAUUGGGACCCGGAAUGGGGGUGCUCGAUCGGGUGUUAUACCAUCAUUUUGUGGGAGAUUUUAGGAUUUCUGAGGUGGAGACAACCAAGCUGACCAAAGAGGUAUUCGGGCCCAAUUCCGUGCAGUCGAUGUAUAAUAUUGGGUUCGAUUUCAAAGAGACGGGCGUGGCCACGAAGGGGUAUGUCUUCCUAAGGUUGAAGGAAAGAGCGUCUGGCGUACCUAUGCGACGAUUGCUGAGUGAGUCACUCGGACGGCUGGAUGUGAUGGCGGGACGAGGGGAUGCGGAGGCGGUCCGACAAGUGGUUGAGUAUAUGGAAGAAGGUGGGGGGUUCAAUGAGUAUACGUACCUGGCGUGGGAUUUUGUCGACGCGGCGAAAUCUCGGGUCAAGGUUUAUGGGGUGCACGGGGACUUGAAGCUUGAAAAAGCCGAGGAGGUGUGGACGAUGGGCGGGCGGUUAAAGGAUCCAGCCAACCUGCGGGGCUUGGAGUUAGUCCGUCGGCUUUGGGGGUUGCUGGAAGAUGACCAGGAAGAUGACCAGGAAGACGAACACAAAGACGAACAGGAGGCCAAGACGGGCGGCCUCAAGGCCGGUGUACUGAUGUGGAACUAUGAGAUCCGCCCUGGCUGCGACAAGCCCGUUCCGAAGCUGUAUCUGCCGCUGCUUGGGAGGAACGACAUGCUUGUGGCCAAGACUCUGGAGCAAUUUUUCCAAUCGCUAGGCUGGACGGAACAGGCUCGGACAUAUGUGGAUAACGUGCAGUAUCUCUUUCCCGAUGAAAAGCUUUACCAGUGUUCCCGACUUCACGCGUGGGUGUCGUUCGCGUAUACCGAAGAGGCCGGAGUCUAUGUGAGUGUAUACUACCACUCCAGCCUGGCCUAGAAUCAGUCUUGGUAUCAUUCAUGGCACAGAAUUUAUCCGUGGCCCAUGGGACCGUUGCAUAGAGCGUAUGCGUAAGCGAACAAAGGACCGCAUCUGGCCGACUUGUGCGACCCCGCCAGUCGGUGAGUCAAGCCCGGCCGGGCCAAGAGGGUAUAUAGGCUACUUCCUAAGUAAGACGGUGGCCAAUCCGGGCAAAGGCCAAUUGGCCCGCGGGGCAUCGCGUAGCACCAGCUGACCCGACGGAGAUUGAGGUUCCCCGCGGACAUGGCAGCGAAAUUACAUCAGACCAACGAAGAAAGGGGGCGCUCGGCCUGAAUCCGCAGCUGGAGGAUCGUUAGCGAGGGCGUGGACUGGGU